GGAGGUUCCAUUUCACGUACCUGCUCCUCGAUCCACGAUGUCAACUGUUCUUGAUAAAUACCAGCUUGCCGUGACCUUUCAGGACCAUCUUUCAUCAUGUCCCUGACCAAGGUUCUCGAGGCCCACCGGCCCGAACUCUCGUCCUACGAGAAGUUGUACAAACACUUCCACUCAAAUCCAGAAUUAUCCAAUCAAGAAGUAGAAACUGCUUCCACCGUCGUCAACCAUCUACGCAAAAUCUCGCCAGACUUUGAUAUCCGCUCAAAUAUCGGAGGUCAUGGUGUUGCCGCCAUCCUUCGCAACGGUCCCGGGCCCACUGUGCUCUCCCGCGCCGACAUGGAUGCCCUUCCUAUUGAAGAACGAACCGGCCUUGCCUACGCCAGCACGAAGCGAGUCGUUGACCUUCACGGUGGAGAGCAACCGGUGAUGCACGCAUGUGGCCACGACAUGCACAUCACCUGUCUCCUGGCGUAUGCCGAACUCAUGGUUUCUGCUAGAAACCAAUGGCGCGGUACCAUUGUCCUUGUCUUCCAACCUGCUGAGGAGCGUGGUACCGGUGCGCAGAGCAUGGUGGACGACGGGCUGUACGAUCCCAAUCGCCACAAUGUUCCUAUCCCCGAUGUAGUUUUCAGCGGGCACGUCGUUCCCGCGCGUGCUGGCGUCAUCGGCGUCCGCCCCGGUACGAUGGCCAGCUCUUGCGAUAAUCUGCGCGUCACCUUCCACGGUCGUGGUGGGCAUGCGUCCAUGCCGGAGCGUCUUGUGGAUCCCAUCGUCAUGGCGUCCAGCGCCGUUCUGAGGCUUCAGACUCUUGUUUCCCGUGAAAUCCAUCCUAGUGAGCACGCAGUGGUUACCUGUGCAAGCUUCAUUUCUGGGACUUCUGCGGAAAACGUUGUCAGUGACGAUGCGACGAUCACCAUUGACAUUCGUGCCAACAACCAGACUACGAGGCAGAAGUUAUACGAUGGGGUCCUGAGAAUCGUGCAAGCCGAAAGCGCUGCGUCCAACGCGGUCGCCGUACCCACGGUUGUCCGAACCCGUUCCUUUCCCGUGACCAUCAACGACGCCAUGGUUACUGCACGGGUGGGGGAGGCUUUCCGCGAUCAUUUUGGCCCUGGUGAUCACAGUUAUGUCGCAGACUACCCCCGGCUCAGUUUCAGCGAAGACUUUUGUAUUCUUGCGUCCGCUGUUGAAAAGCCGUCCCUACUAUUCGCCUAUGGCUGUACCGCACCCGACAAAGUUGAUCAAGCGCAAAAAGAAGGUAUAUUGGAGAGCAUACCAGGCAAUCAUAGUUCUCUCUUUGCCCCGCAGAUUUUUCCUACGAUGCAAAUAGGCAUAGACGCGUACGCUGUGAGCGCCCUUGCUUGGUUAUCAGAAACUCAGGUAAAUGAGUUAGGUAGGUAGGUAGGGGAGCCCGUUAUGAAAUACACGACAGAGAUCAUGCCAAGUCCGUACCUGCCCUCUUUAUCACCACCAAAAUUGAGAUGGCCCGUGACUUCUACGUUGAACACCAACGGGCAAGUGUAACUGUAACGGUGGG